AAGAGUCAAAACAAGCAGAGCGAAGAAUCCUAUCAUAUAAACCAUCCUCUGUAACACAACUCCCCUAACUUUCCUUAUAUUCAUUAAUCUUCAUUGUGUGAUUUUCCCAGUCCAGUCAAUCAACGGUUAAUAUUCGUUCUUAAAAUUUCCACAAACAUAAGCACCAUCGCCAUAUGAUGCACAAAGACACGAUAAAAGGCUGCGAUCUUCGUUCACAUUUUGAUUCUCUUGAAAAGAACAGUCAACUGACCAAACCCUAACGUGCCAAAACUGCAAUAUUUUUUUGCUGCCAAACCAAACGAAAAAAAAAAAAACGAACUUCCAUUUUUCUUACUCUCAUCUUUCACUGAGCCCAAAAUUUAUUUUCCUUUUUCCAUUUUUUUUCAAUAAUUUGAUUGGCGGCUUAGAAAAUCAUGGCUUAUGCAUCUCAUAUCAUCAAUCACUCCAAAAAGUUAAGAAAUGUUCCCAACUUAAUGCGGCAUGAUCAUGCCGUUUUGGUUCGUUGGUUUUCUGAUGGUGCUCAAUCCUCUGUUUGUAAAAGACAAGAUGUUGCAAAGACCCGUCCUCUUGGUUAUGUACUGGGAGAAAGGGAGAGGGUAUCUAAGUUUGUUGCCCGUAAUCCUGUGUCAUCUGGUUUAUCUAAGAAUAAUCUCUCAAGGACAACAAUGAGAUUGGGAAUUCCAAUGGGUGGUGUGGUAUACAGCAGAGAACUUUCAUGUUUGCAGGUACAUUCAAGGAGAGGAUUUGCAUCAGAUGCAGGCUUCCCUCCUCACCAAGAGAUUGGAAUGCCUUCACUCUCACCCACGAUGACAGAGGGAAAUAUUGCUAGGUGGUUGAAGAAUGAGGGUGAUAAAGUGAAUCCUGGUGAAGUGUUGUGUGAAGUUGAAACUGAUAAAGCAACUGUUGAGAUGGAAUGCAUGGAAGAAGGUUAUCUUGCCAAAAUUGUAAAGGGAGAUGGGUCCAAAGAAAUCAAAGUUGGUGAGAUAAUUGCUAUCACUGUUGAAGAGGAGGGGGAUAUGGCGAAGUUCAAGGACUACAGUCCUUCAGCAUCAGAUUCUGGUGCUCCUGCAGCAAAAGAGCCAGCAGUUCCUCCUCCUCCAAAGCAGGAGCCUGUUGAACAACCAGUUACUUCACCAGAGCUUAAGACUUCCAAGCCUAUUUCACCUCCUUCUGAAGAUCGUAUUUUUGCAAGUCCUCUUGCACGAAAAAUGGCUGAAGAUCACAAGGUACCUCUCUCAAGUAUCAAAGGAACAGGUCCUGAUGGACACAUUGUAAAGGCUGAUAUCGAAGAUUACUUGGCUUCACGGGGGAAGGAAGUUUCAGCACCAACUCCGAAGACAAAGGAUGCCAAACUUGCAGCUCUAGAUUAUGUAGAUAUCCCUCAUUCUCAGAUAAGAAAGGUAACAGCAUCACGCCUAUUAUUCUCAAAGCAGACUAUCCCACAUUACUAUUUAACAGUGGAUAUAUGUGUUGACAGACUUAUGGAUUUGCGAAGCCAACUCAACUCAUUACAGGAAGCUUCUGGUGGGAAGCGUAUAUCUGUCAAUGAUCUUGUAAUUAAGGCUGCUGCAUUGGCUCUUCGAAGGGUUCCUCAGUGCAAUAGUUCAUGGACAGAUGACUAUAUUCGCCAGUAUAACAGUGUGAAUAUUAAUGUAGCAGUGCAGACAGACAAUGGACUUUAUGUCCCUGUGAUCAGGAAUGCAGAUAAGAAAGGUUUGUCCUCAAUUUCUGAGGAGGUCAAGAAUUUGGCACAAAAAGCCAAAGAAAACAGUUUAAAACCAGAAGAUUAUGAAGGAGGUACGUUUACAGUUUCUAACUUGGGAGGGCCCUUUGGUAUCAAACAAUUCUGUGCCAUCAUUAAUCCUCCUCAGUCAGGAAUUCUUGCUGUUGGGUCUGCUGAGAAGAGGGUUAUCCCUGGUUCGGGUCCUGAACAAUUCAAGUUUGCAUCAUUCAUGUCUGUAACUCUAAGCUGUGAUCAUCGUGUUAUUGAUGGUGCAAUUGGUGCUGAAUGGCUGAAAGCUUUCAAGGGCUACAUUGAGAAUCCAGAAUCAAUGUUGCUCUAAAUCAACUGGUGGUUCUUGUUUCUUUUUGUUUUAGACACAUUUCCUUGCUAUGAUCAAUUUGAACGAGGGUUUGAAUGCAAUACCAUUACAUAAACUCGUGAGCAAUUUUCUUCGGAAGUAGUUCUUUCACUGUAAACCAACUAAUUUUUUGGGAAUAAGAAAGUGGGAUCGACAAUUGAGGAACUAAACUGCGAACUGGAUUUUUACCUUUCGCAAGAGUGUAAUAACCCCAUCCACACAGGUUCCUUGUUCUGUGAAUACACUUGGAAUGAUUUUUGGGGUAUGAUAUUGCUAACCACCACAUUUCUAGUGCUUUACGAUUCAUUAUGAUUUUGAAAUCAAUGUUGUUAUGUCUUAUGUUUUUCAGUCUUCUGAAUUAGCAACUCCUGAACAAUAGAAGUAGAUAAGGGUUGCCAAAAUUUCUUCAAAACUUAGAACUAGGGCACCAUUUGAAGAAUUUAAGUUUGACUUCUUAGGUGUUAAAAGUUUUUAGAGUUUAAAGCCAUUGAAAGCUGUGCUAUGUGUUUGCAUUUAUUGAGGUUAGAGAUGACCAAACCAUACUGGCAAGUCGAGUUUGACGGUUAGGUCCUUUGCCAACGUUGGUUAUUCAUCUGCUUCCAGCUUGUUUUAUUGGUUAGGGUCCUCGUGACUUCUCAGAAUUGUUUACAUUUUUUUUUUUUUUUAGUAUUUUAAGUUGCUAAGAGUUUGAUUAUUUGGGUUUGGCCAUCACCAUUGAAAUUAAGAGUUUAUUAUUAUCUGUUUAGCUAUGACCAUUGGAAUUGAGUUGUUAGAGUUUGAUUAUUUGGGUUUGGCUAUGGCCAUUGCUAGCAUGAAUUUUUAAAUCUUCUGAUUCUUUACUUUGGGUGAUCUAAGGUCAAUUGAAUCUGGAUUUUGAAAUGGGCCAAUUUUGUUUAGCUUGAGAAUUACUUUUAUUUUAUUUGUAUCUUACAACUGCUUGAUAAUAAAUCCUAAGAAGGGGCCACAGAAAUUCAAGUUAAAAUUUCUGAAAUGCAAACUAAAUUACAAAAGGACCCUAAACCGGUUUCUGAAACCUUGAAAAACAUGUGAUCAAAGAAGAUUCUGGUAAGGCAUAUUCGCAUUAUCACCAAACAAAAAUGAACGAUCAUUUCUUUCCACCAAGAAAGUUUGAAAAACAAAAAUCCUUCUUAUGACUCCCAAAAAAAAA